AUGGUGGAUAUUAUUUUUCCUUAUUCUUUCCUGGGUGAUAUGGGGGAUCAUUCCAAAAAGAAACCCGGGAUUGCCAUGUGCGUGGGCUGCGGGAGCGAAAUCCACGACCAGUACAUCUUGAAGGUCUCCCCGGACCUGGAGUGGCACGCGGCGUGCCUGAAAUGCGCGGAUUGUAGCCAGUAUUUGGACGAGACCUGCACUUGUUUUGUGAGAGAUGGCAAAACGUACUGUAAAAGGGAUUAUAUCAGGCUCUUCGGCAUCAAGUGCGCCAAGUGCGCGGCGGGCUUCAGCAGCAGCGACUUAGUGAUGCGCGCCCGGGACAACGUCUACCACCUGGAGUGCUUCCGUUGCUCGGUGUGCAGCCGGCAGCUCCUUCCGGGAGACGAGUUCUCGCUGCGGGACCACGAGUUGCUCUGCCGCGCAGACCACAGCCUCCUCAUCGACCGGGCCGGGUCAGCGGAGAGCCCCCCGCGCAGCCCUGGACACCUCCAAGGCGCCAGGCUCGCAGAUUCAUUGCCCGGGCGCCAACCCUCCUUGCGUCCACACGUGCACAAGCAGGCGGAGAAGACGACGCGCGUGAGGACGGUGCUGAACGAGAAGCAGCUGCACACGCUGCGCACCUGCUACGCGGCCAACCCGCGGCCCGACGCGCUCAUGAAGGAGCAGCUGGUGGAGAUGACCGGCCUGAGCCCGCGGGUGAUCCGCGUCUGGUUCCAGAACAAGCGCUGCAAAGACAAGAAGAAAUCCAUCCUCAUGAAGCAGCUCCAGCAGCAGCAGCACAGCGACAAAGCAAGCCUUCAGGGCCUGACUGGGACCCCACUGGUGGCCGGCAGCCCAAUCCGCCAUGACAGCACUGUGCAGGGCAAUGCAGUGGAGGUGCAAACCUAUCAGCCCCCCUGGAAAGCACUCAGUGACUUCGCCUUGCAGAGCGACUUGGACCAGCCAGCCUUCCAGCAACUGGUCUCCUUCUCAGAAUCCGGCUCCUUGGGCAACUCAUCUGGCAGCGACGUGACCUCCUUGUCCUCUCAGCUCCCUGACACCCCCAACAGCAUGGUCCCCAGCCCGGUGGAAACGUGAGAAGAGCCUCCUUUUACCACCCCACCUCCCCAUGGACUUUCGCAUGCUC